GUAUAUCGUAAACGGCGCAGCUUCCUUUGCUAACCUCAGAGCGGCGGAGGGUUUGUUCUCCAGCUAACAGCACUCACCAUGGCGUCCACUGAGAUAGCAAGGCAAGCUGGCGAAGGAGUCCGCGCUGUGCCUCUGGCCGGCCAUGUUGGCUUUGACAGCAUGCCUGACCAGCUGGUCAACAAGUCUGUCAACCGUGGUUUCUGCUUCAACAUCCUCUGCGUUGGUGAGACGGGUCUGGGUAAGUCCACUCUGAUGGACACGCUGUUCAACACCAAGUUUGAGGGCGAGCCCACCCAGCACAACCAGCCAGGCGUCACGCUGAAGUCCAACACCUACGAGCUGCAGGAGAGCAACGUGCGCCUCAAGCUGACUGUCGUCAACACGGUGGGCUUCGGAGACCAGAUCAACAAGGAGGACAGCUACAAAUCCAUUGUGGAGUUCAUCGAUGCCCAGUUCGAAGCGUACCUCCAGGAGGAGCUGAAGAUCAAACGCACGCUGCACAGCUACCACGACACCCGCAUCCACGCUUGCUUGUACUUUAUCGCUCCGACGGGACACUCGCUGAAAUCCCUGGACCUGGUGACGAUGAAGAAGCUCGACAGCAAGGUCAACAUCAUCCCCAUCGUUGCAAAAUCGGACGCCAUCUCCAAGAGUGAACUGGCCAAGUUCAAGAUCAAAAUCACCAGCGAACUGGUCAGCAACGGCGUCCAGAUCUACCAGUUCCCCACCGACGACGAGUCCGUGGCCGAAAUCAACUCCACCAUGAACAGCCAUCUGCCGUUUGCCGUGGUGGGGAGCACGGAGGAGGUGAAGAUCGGGAACAAGAUGGUGAAGGCCCGGCAGUAUCCCUGGGGGACGGUGCAGGGUAAGCCCGUCUCACCUCCAGCACAGGAAGUGACAGCGUGCGCUCUCCGUCUGCAGAGCUACUGAAGCCACUUCCUGUUU